AUGUCUCUCGUCACCAAGGAAGAAGACUCCAAGUCCAGCCGGACAGAACCCCAGAACAAUGGACUGACGAAGUCAUUCGAAUCGAAUCUGCGUACCCAUCUUGGCUUGUUAUCCAAAGCCGUCGAGUUGUCUGAACCGAGAUUCACGUAUAGAGUCCUCAGGUGCUUGACAGCCACGAAAAAGAAAUUUCAGGCCCCUGAUUCUAAUGCAGCCGAAGCGACCCUCAAGCUAAUCAUCGACAUAGGAUUGCCUUCUAACUCCAAAAUCAAGCCUUUGUUGUUACCCCAUCUUCAAUCUGUCACUCAAGCCGAAUCUAGUGAGAUGCAAAUUGAUCCUAUUCCAUCCUCCAACGCCAACGCCAAGCCGUCAAGUGCUGCUAAUGGAGCCACCAAGCCUUCAAAAGAUUCUCCACCUCUUCCCGAUCCUUCCUCACAAGCCGAGCAUGAAACCUACUUAUCCCUACUGGUCCUGAUCUUCUUGAUCUCGCGUGGUGCACCAAAUCGAUCUGGAUUCGAGUUGACCCAUCGUUUGGUGACUGAUUUCUUACCGCACCAUAACCGACGAUCACUCGACCCAUUGGCGGCCAAGAUAUGGUUCUACCAUGCUCGUUUUGCUGAGCUACUCCAGCAGGAUGGCAGCCAUCCCGGUCUUUGGGCGAACCUUAGAUCCAGCUUGAUGUCCGCCCAUCGUACCGCCCGCUUGAGACGUGAUGAGGAUAGUGAGGCUACGCUCUUGAACCUCAUCGUUCGCAAUCUAUUGGCACACGAGCUAUGGGAACAGGCCGAUCGAUUGGUCAGCAAGACCGAGUUCCCCGACUUUGGAAAGACCGAAGCAAGUGUGGGUGCUGGUGGGAUGGUACCUACUGGACAAGUGGCCCGUUGGCUUUACUAUCUAGGUCGCAUUCGCACGAUCCAGUUGAACUACACCGAGGCCCAUACCCAUCUUCAGCAAGCUAUCCGCAGAGCUCCACCGGCACAGAUUGCCCCUGGGUUUUGGCAAACCACUCACAAGUUGUUUGUCGUUGUUGAACUUUUGAUGGGCGAUAUACCCGACCGCGCUUUGUUUAGAGGGCCAGUGUUGAAGAAAUGUCUGCAACCGUAUUUUGAAAUCGUUCAAGCUGUACGAGUCGGUGACAUCACCAAAUUCGAACAAGCCUUAACUUACUCCAGAAUCAAGUUGAAGGACGUCAGUUUGAAGUUAAAACUUGAUAGCGAAGAAGAUGCAGAAAGUUAA